AUGCUUAACCUUUUAGUUGGACGCUAUCAACGGAUAGGGGAAAUCGGUAGAGGUGGCUUUGGGAUGGUUGAAGAGUUCCUUGAUCUCGUCACAGGCAAUACAGUUGCCAUUAAAACCAUCCCCCCAUACUUUGUUCAGCAUGAAUCGAAGCGCAUGAUUCGUGAGGUCGAUAUCAUGAGGUUUUUGCACAAUGCCCAUCCACACGUCAUCGACUUCAUUGCUAUGUUCGUAACGCGAUGUCGAGGCGGCGUCACUUCACAGGUCAGCAAUCCUGAACCAUACGCCCCGAGCCUUGAUGUUACGGGCCCACUUUAUGAAGGGUUAAGUGAGAAUGAGAAGGCGAUAAUGCACCAUGAUUACCUCGCCAAAGAGAUCUCAACGAUAAGGAAGGAUGAAGGCUUCAGUUUGCAUAUUGUGUUGCCCCUCAUGAAGGGGGAUCUUUUCUACUUUAUAAAUUUACUGAGCUCUGGAUCGGGUCAAAGGCAACACAGACUAAGCGAGGGCUUUUUAAAGCAGGUGGCAGCGGUUUUUGCAUUUCAACUUGUUUUUGGACUGGAUUGGGUGCAUAAGUGUGGGAUUGUUCACAGAGACCUGAAACCAGACAACGUGCUUGUGCGUUUGAACACGGAAAAUGCCUUUUACUCGUCUCUGUGUAUCGCUGAUUUUGGGCUUGCGCGUAACAUGCAGAGUAGCGACACCUUCUACGUCUGCACGCGGAACUAUCGCCCACCAGAAAUCAUCACCUGUGCGAUUCUCAGCCAGCCGAGCAUGGAUAUCUGGUCGCUGGGGUGCAUUUUAUAUGAAAUGUGCACCGGUGAGACCCUUUUUAAGAUGCCCACGGCGCUUGAUAGCCAGGGCGUAUGGAACGGUGUGAUGGCUAGCUCGCAGCUCGAGAUCAUUCUCUCGAUUGUGGGCACGCCAAGCGAGGAAGAUAUUAGACAGCACAUGCCUGAGGGCAAUGCAAAGACCUACCUCUUGCGCAGUAUGAGUCGUCCGUCUCAGCUCGAGAAGCUUAUGGAGCAGCGGUGGACGUUGCCGACACUUCCAGAGGAAACUUUACUGUGGAGAAGUUUGAUAAAAAGCUGCCUGGCAUUCUUCCCACAGCAGCGCCCGACCGCAGAGGAGCUGUCUCGGCACGCCCUCUUUAUUCGAUACCAGAUGAUUGUCGGACGCAACAUCCAUCAGUUAGAAACGCAGCUGUACAAACCCAGUAUUGCGGAAUCCGAGUUGAAGAGUAAAACGAUUCAGAUAAGUUCGCUUCUGCGAAUCAUCCAGGAUACUAUGGUUGAAACGAGGCCAACGUUUGAAGAAGAAGAAGAAAGCGAGGAAGAAUCUUUUCUGGAAGAGGAGGAGGUCGUCAACAGGAACAACUUGGAUGGUGUUCGGCAUUGCACUUCAUCAACACCGAUCCAGGCGCCCAGGUUAGGCAAUUGUGAAGGAGACAAGGAAACGGAGGCAGAUGACGAGGCUAGCAGCGGCGCGGUGUACUUUGGGAAAACCUGGGGUUCGAACCAAUCGGUAGGACGCAUCUCCUGCGCCACCGAGGAAGAAGCAAACUCACAGAGUCGUGAAGUCAUGCAACCACUCGAGCUUCCCGACAUCGCCUCACGGGUGAACCCUCCGCAAGCGAUCGACCCCAAACCUCCCAAACUCACCACUCCCUUAGACCCCGACCUUCAGUGGUAUGUCGUCCCGCAAGAGGAGGAGGAGAUUCCUUGGCAAGGCUGGCAUGCGAAUUCCUUUUUGGAAGUCUCCCAGCCCCCGGAGCACGGCAGCCUCACCCGAAAAGAGGAUACCCUCCCCGGUCACAGCGAGGAAACGCGAUCCACGUCGUUCAGCACUUCCGCCUAUCAGCAGCAGCGAAACGGAAUCGCGCCCUUCUAUCACGACCCUGAGCCCCACGACGGCCCUUCCUGGUCCCCCUACCUCCACGAGCAGCCCUACCAGAACAACACCCACGUCUACAACGUUACGAAACCGUACUCGAACUCACGCGAGAAUAGCUUCAUCGGGCUAAAGCUCCACGUGGGAGAGAAAAGGGGCUCCGAAGCCCCUCAGGCGGGCCCCUCCUGGCGAGGGUUCAAAGACGGUUUCGCCGUGGCGGAAGAGGAGGGAGCGCCGCCGUCGACAAAACCCAACCGUGGGGGUCGAUCGCAGUACACGCUGCUAACCACCUCCUGCCAUAACGCUUCAGACGCGAGCAGUAGCGUGGUGCCGCCCUCUUUAAAUGUGGUGAGGUCAUCGAUGGCGAUUUCAUUUCCCGAUAUCCACGACCCCGCGCUGCGAGCGCGCUACGGUAACCUAGACCACACCGAUGACACCUUGCAAGUCGCCAUUGAGUCGAUUCUGGGGGAGCUCAAUCAAAACCGGCGUGAUAUGGCGAUUUCCCUUGAGCUGCGCGCGCUACUAUCCUACUUCUGUGCUCUACGAGGAAGCAGGUAG